AUGGCGACGCCACCCUUCGCGGCCGCGCUCGCGGCGCUGGCGUCGCCUCACUCCACCCCGGAGACACGCGCGGACGCGGAGCGCGUCGUCACCGCGGCGACGGAGGACCCCGGCGUCGUCCUCGCGCUCGCCGCCGCGCUCGCCGCCGCCGAGGCGAGUCCCGCGGAGCGGCACCUCGCGGCGGUGCUCCUGUCCACCGCGGCGGGGAAGCACUGGCGCGCGCUGGACGAGGACGCGCGAUCGCGCGUGCGUCGCGGCGUCCUCGCCGCGCUCGCGUCGACGGAGAGCCCCGCAGAGCUCAGAGCGCUCGCGCACGCCGCGGACGUCGUCGCGCAGGCGUCCGCGGGCGGCUGGACCGAACUCCUCCCCGCGCUCGCGGACGCGUCGUCGUCCGCGGUGGACGCGCACCGCGAGGCGACGAUCGUCCUCCUGGGGAACCUCGUCGAGAGCAUGGGCGCGCAUCUGCACGAGCAUCACGCCGCGCUGGCGUCGAGGUUCGCGCGCGCGGCGAGCGGAGAUCCGUGCCGCCGCGUGCGAGACGCCGCCGUCGCCGCGUGCGCGCAGCUGGCGACCGCGCUGACGGAGCGAGGGGACUUUCCGCUCCUCGCGUCCAUCGCGCCGUCGAUCGUGGCGUGCUUGAUCGACGCCGCGAGGAACCAGGUCGCGGCGAAGGACGACGACGCGCUCGCGGCGGCGUUGAACGCGCUCGCGUCGGUCACGUCGUCGUGCUCCGUCGACGCGAUUUUCGGCGACGACGCCGCGUUGGCGACGCCGGCGGCGGAGAUCGCGCUCGCGGUCGCCGCGGACGCGACGCGGCGCGACGGCGCCGCGAGAGGCCCCGCGUUCGAGGUCCUGAGCGCGCUCGCGAUGAAACACGGGGAGCUGAUCGAUCGGACGGACGGAGCCGGAGCCGGUGCCGGAUCGAUCGCCGCGCGGAUCCUCGCGUUUCUCGUCGCCGACGCCGGCUCCGCGGACGCGCGCGCGACGCUCAGACAGUUCGCGCUGCAUCUCCCCCCGGCGACGGUGCUUCCGGUCGUCGUGGCGCCGCUUCUCGCCGCGAGCGACUCCGGCGCGGUCCCGACGCCCGGGCAACUCGCCGCGCUGGCGGCGGCGGCGGAGGGGUGCGCGUGCGACGUCGCCGAGGACGACGUCAUGCCGCGCGCGUUGGACGCGCUGAGCGCAGGAAUGACGUCCGGGGACGCGCGCACGAUGACCGCCGCGGCGGAGGCGUUCGCGGAGAUGGCCGAGCACGCCGGGCACGCGAUGACGUCGUUGCACGAGACGCGCGUGGGAGCGCUGUUCGUCGACGCGAUCCGCCGCGCGGUCGCCGCGGAGAGCGCGAGCGCGUCGGAGGGCGGCGGCGGCGGCGGCGGCGGCGAGACGGAGGCGGAGGCGUUCGCGCGCGCGGCGCACGACGCCGCGGCGAGUCUGUGCGACAACUACUCGAACGAGGAGCUCGCGCCGUUUCUCGAGCCGCUCGUGAGCGCGCUCGUGACCGGCGCGACGAACGUCGGCGCGUGCGCGAUGGCGAGAGCGCGGUGCCUCGCGUCGCUCGCGUGCGUCGCCCGAGCGGCGGCGUUUGAUUUUGAGCCGUUCGCGCCCGGGACGUUGCGCGCGCUCGCGUCGCUCGCCGGCGCGGAGGCUUCCGGCGGCGCGCCCGUGGACUCGCUGAAACGCCUCGCCGUCGUCGAGGGCGCCGCCGCGGUCAGAGCGAGAGCGCUCGCGGCGAUGGCGACGAUCGUCGCCGCGGUCGGCGAAGACGCCGCGCCCGCCGGCGCCGUCGACGCGUUGUUGGACGCCGCGACGAAGGGCGUCUCCGACCAGGGCGGCGACGACGCCUCGUCCACGAUGCGCGAGUGCUCGCUUCGGUGCUUCGGGCGGCUCGCGGUGGUGUUGGAGGGGAGGCUAUCGCCGUGGCUCCCCGGCGCGACGCGCGCGGCGGCGAACGCUCUGGUCGCGGCGAGAGCGAACGCGAGCGUCGGCGGCGGGAGGCACGGACGCGCCGCGGUCACGACGGGCGGCGUCACGGAAGCGCAAGCCGCUGCGGAGACGUUGGGCGCGUUCGUGAACUCGUGCGGCGCGAGCGUGGUGCCUUUGAUGCCGUCGAUUCUCUCCGCGCUCGCGUCCGCGGUCGAGCCGACGAACGCGGCAGCUUUGCGAACCGCGGCGGCGCGCGCGUUUGAGUUUUCGCUGCACCCGUUCGACGCCGAGGACCCGGAGGCGGGUCCGACGCGAGAGACCGUCGCCGCGGCGAUGCCGUUCGCGCGCGACGCGCUCGCGCUUCUUUCGCGCGUCGUGACCGAGGAGGAGGAGCCCGAGGUGGCGCUCGCGGCGGCGACGUCGCUCGAGACCGUGAUCGAGCGCGUCAAACGGUUGGCGGCGGUGUCCCCGGAGGCGGCGGCGGCGGCGACCGACGCCGCGACGGGCGCGCGGGCGGCGGCGCAGGCUGUUCUCGAUGGCGCGACCGCGUGCCAGGCCGAGCUCGAGGAGGGCGGCGGAGGGGGGCACGAGGGAGGGGACGGCGAGGACACGGGGACGGUGUUCAUGGAUUUAGAAGACGAAGCGCGGCGGAUCGUGAAGCUGUGCGAGAAAUGA